AUGGCCCGGUUGACACUGCAUUUCGCCCUGCGAGGACCGCCGACCAGUAGUUCGCGUCGUCGCAACGGCAAGCCUGCCUCGUGCGAGCCCUGCAGGCGCGACAAGGAUCGCGAUAUCUCGGCGCGCUGCUUCUACCACCCCGCGCCUCUGACGCGACCUAGGGGAAGACGUAUCUUCCCGCUGGCAGAAGGCAUCCCAUUUGAUCGUGCCGCCCUAGCGAGGUAUGUCAAACUGUAG